CUUUUAUAAAAGUUCUCAUUUCUGUUGCGUUGCUGGUCGGGUGCGGUAGCUACCAUUUUGCUGCCGUACUUAAUUAAUAAAUUAAAUCGGUGUAUAUAUCUAUGAGACCCGGCAAAAAUGCCUUCUGGCUGCACAUUUGAAUUUGAUCGACGAGAUCCAAUAUACUAUAGUGGCGAAACAAUCAAUGGGCGUGCUAUUCUCAAUACCACUUCGACCAAGUCGGUAAACGAGGUUUACAUUCUUUUUGAGGGCGAAGCUAAAGUACGAUGGGAUGAACGUAAGAGUAAAACUUACCAUGGAAGGACUCGGUAUUACACGGAGUACUAUCGGGGAAGGCACACGUACCAGAGCUCGAAAACUACUGUCUUCGGAUCCGGGGAUAUGGCUCCUGGCACUUACACCUAUAACUUCAGUAUCCCCUUGCCCUUGGAGUGUCCUUCAUCGAUGGUGACGAAGUACGGAAAGAUAUUCUACGAAGUCUCGGUGGUCAUAGAUCGCCAGUGGAAAUUUAAUAAUGUUUUCAAGCAACCGCUUACCGUGCUGCAAACUUAUAAUCUCAACAUGAAUCCUGAGCUGCUGAUUCCCGUGGUUCGCGAGGACAUCAAAUACUUUUGCUGUUGGCCCUGCAGAUCGGGUCCUGUGUUGUCCACUCUAACCAUACCCUUCGGUGGCUACGCCCCUGGUCAGAAGAUUCACUUCACCCUGGAGAUAGACAACCAGUCAUCGCGGAACGACCUCGAUGGCAUCGAAGUGUGCCUGAAGCAGAACUACAAGGUUACGGCUGAUUCUCCGUACCACAAAUCUCGCGAGAAGGAACACAGGCUAAAUGAAAGCAGCCAAGUGGAGCGGGUGCUCCGAAACAGUAAGAAGGUCAUUAAUGGAACCCUAGAUAUUCCGGCAGUGCCACCAUCCUCCCGGAACGACGGCAUCAUUACGGUCAACUACAUGGUGGGUCUAACCAUCAACAUGGGUGACUGUGCCUGGGACUCGGACUUUGAUGUGCCAAUAGUCAUUGGCACUAUUCCAUUGAUGCAGAGUGCAGCGGAUCCCAGUCAUGCGGCGCAGUGGAUACCGCAGGUUCCGGCCACUCCACAUGGUGCUAGUGCGGAUCUGCCACCAAGCUACGACAAUUGCAAACCUCCGACAUUUGCGGAGGCAGCCUCUUUCGAGGAAAAAUUCGUUGACAUUGACGUGGAUGAGAACAACCGUACGGAUGACUUUAUACCGCGAUAUCCGAUGUACACCAACUUUGCCAUGCCCUCGGCUCCUCCGCCCCCAGGAGAGGAGAGUGUUGAUGCUCCUCUGUUGUCCGCUCCGGCAUAUUCUAUGCCGUAUCCUCCGCCUAACCAACCGGCUUAUCCACCAGAUAACCAACCAGGUUAUACACAGGGCUACCAACCGGGCUAUCCUCCAGGAAACCAGCCACCAGGAUAUCCUCCUGUAAACCAACCGGGCUAUCCGCCUGCUAUGCAACCCGGAUAUCCACCGGCUAACCAACCACCUUACCCACCGCCUUAUCCGCCAGCCAAUGGAUUCCCAAAUCCGAACAAUCAAACCACCUUUUCAUUUGGAUGGAACCCUAAUCAAUAA